GGAAUGGAACUUUGAGAAUUUAUGAUAAUGAUGAGGUGAUAAGAAAAUUGUAAACAAUUGACCGAACUGUUUGCUAUGUAAUUAGAUAAGAAUCAAAUACAUUCAGAUGACGAGAGUAGUUUCGAAAUAAUAUUUCAUUGCUCGUCUGUCCGGCCAGCGGAGCGGUGUUUUAAUAAGUUAAUUAAUUUAAAUUAAAUAAAUAUAAACCAAAAAUGGUGAACUUCACUGCUCGUGGUCUAAUGCCCCCGGUCUUCACUCCACUCAAUGACGAUCACACCAUAAACUAUGGAGUCAUUCCAGCUUACGCCAAGUUCUUGGCUGAUUCAGGGAUUAAAUCCGUUUUGGUGGGAGGCACAACAGGCGAGCAUAUGUCUCUAUCAGUAGCAGACAGGAAGAAAGUCGUUGAUGCUUGGGUCGUAGCCGCCAAGACUACUGGUCUCCACAUACAGGUGCAAGUUGGUGGAGCGCCAUUGGCUGAUGUUACUGAACUGGCCCGUUACUGUCAAGAUGUCGGAGCGGACUCCUUGCUCACCCUCCCUGAACUGUACUUCAAACCAGCCACAGUCGAUGACCUGGUGUUCUACGUAUCUCAAGUCGCUAAGGCUGCUCCCAAACUGCCAGUAUUGUACUACCAUAUACCCAGUAUGAGCAAGGUUGAAAUCAAUAUGCCAGCCUUCGUAACAGCAGCUACAGCGAGUAUCCCUAACUUCAAGGGCAUUAAGUUCACCUCUAACGACCUCAGCGAAGGUGCUCAAGUCCUCAGAGCCCUGAAGGAUGGCCAGGAAAUGUUCCUCGGAGCUGAUACGCUCAUAGCACCAGCAGCGCUCUUGGGAAUCAAAUCCAGCAUCGGAACAAGUUUCAACCUGUUCCCGAAACUGGCGCAGGAAAUCUUAGAAGCCGUCGAGAAGAACGAUGUAGCCAAAGCCAGGGCUUUGCAGGAAAAGCUUAGCUUAGCUAUUGAAGCUCACACUGUUGAAGAGAGUUCCAUUAAUAGAGGUCCCUGGGUACCCAUAAUGAAGGCUGGUAUGGAGAUAGCUACUGGCAUCAAGGUUGGACCUCCUUCUCUUCCACAGAAGCCUCUCUCUUCUGAAGCCAAGCAAAGGAUUCACUCGAAACUGAGGACUCUUGGACUGAGCAAGUGAAAAUGUACCUUAUAACCUUGGAAGUAACGUUUAUUCUCGAAAAGCAAGCAUUUAUUAUAAAAUCAUGUUGUUGUUGAUAAUAUAUUAUAUUUUUUAACUGUU